UUGACCGGGGUUAGCACCCUUUGACAGCACAGCAGAGUUCUCCAGCAAUGGAGGAAAGUGCCCAUCUCAAGAUGCCGUCGGAAGACACUGAGUCACCUUGGUCCUGGAUUCCACUGAUGAAGGAUCCGGGCUGGAUUCGAAAUGUCUGGACACGUAACCUGAACGCACAAACCAUGAAUUACGUUGGGCAGCUAGCUGGCCAAGUCUUCGUGACUGUGAAAGAACUCUAUAAAGGAUUAAAUCCUGCCACAUUGUCGGGGUGCAUUGACAUCAUCGUUGUCCGCCAGCCUGAUGGAAAUCUUCACUGUUCCCCUUUUCACGUACGCUUUGGAAAGAUGGGAGUUUUGCGCUCAAAAGAAAAAGUGGUUGACAUAGAAAUUAAUGGAGAAUCCGUCGAUUUGCACAUGAAAUUAGGGGACAACGGAGAAGCCUUUUUUGUUGAAGAAACAGAUAAUGACCAGGAUACAAUUCCAUCCUACCUGGCUACAUCUCCCAUCCUGUCUGAUGGAGCCGCUCUCAUGGAAUCACAGUUGAAGAGAAAUUCCAUAGACCGAAUAAGAAAUGUGGAUUUGUCCAGCACCUCCCAAGUAUCAAACUGCACUUCUCCCCCCACGGAAUCCACUUCUGGGGGUAGCUCUGUGAAGAAAAGAAGGAAGAGGAGGAGAAAAUCUAGCCACAGAAUAGACAUUGCAAGAAGAGAUACCAAUACAGAUACUACAGAAGAUGAAAACAUGUUUCCUAUAGAAUUGAGUUCGGAUGAAGAAAGUGAGCUACUAGAUAAUACAAGAACAUCUAUCUCUGACCUGAGUAGAGAUGAAUUGCCUGAGAUAAGUUCCUCUUCAGUCAGCAUACUUCUUCACCACCAUUCAGACGGUGAAUGGUCUCCCACGCAAAGAGCUGCAUCAGAAAGCAGGGGAGGAGGGAAUGCAGUCAGGAGCAAAGUUUGUAGUAAUCCUAUAGCUUGCGCAGGAAAGUCCUCUCAUCUUACUGUUCCGGCAGAGGGAGGCUUAUCUAGUUCUUGUCCUCAGCCAUCCACUCAGUAUCCUGCUACGGACAGUCGCCCAAGUUCACGGCCUCCCACUCCUAAAAGUGAUUCUGAAUUAGUCAGUAAACCAUUGGAAAGAGGCAUUCAGAAUAACCCUCAGAUGCAUUGGGACUGGGGAGAACUACCUCAAGCCACAAAGUCUGCUGUUCUUCUCAAACCAAAAGAACCCAGCCCAGUGAACAUGAAUCCUUCUAAAAGCACGCACUUUCGAGUGAUUCAGAGCAACGCUUCAGAAGAAUAUAGCAGCUUGUCUCCCUUAACGAUCCUCCAGGAGCCUGAUGCUGUGAUUCUGGAAGACACGGAAUUGCGGGCGGCAGUAACUGAGAGAAAUGAGCCAGAUAUAGAUACUUUAGGGGCAGCUGCACCUCCACUCCCUGUCAAUGAGGAAAUAAAGCAGGCUGCAACUUGCUCUACGCAGCCACUGAGCAAAACAGAUUCUCCUUCCAAAAAAAAAGAUAAGCGGAGCCGACAUCUUGGUGCGGAUGGUGUCUAUUUAGAUGAUCUCACAGACAUGGAUCCAGAGGUUGCUGCCCUGUAUUUUCCUAAAAAUGGUGAUCAUAUCGCCCACUCCAAGAAUGCAAGCGAAAACGGACCUCGCUCAGCGAACCAGUCCCCUCAAUCAGUCGGAAGUUCAGGAGUAGAUAGCGGAGUGGAGAGCACCUCUGAUGGGAUUCGAGAUUUGCCAUCCAUUGCUAUUUCACUCUGCGGCGGUCUUACUGACAACAAAGAAAUAUCGAAAGAAAAGUUUUUAUCCCAAGAAGUAUCCUAUCAACAGUUCGUGGACAAUCCGGCAAUCAUUGAUGACCCUAACCUUGUGGUGAAGAUUGGAACUAAAUACUACAACUGGACGACAGCAGCUCCCCUUCUGCUGGCGAUGCAAGCAUUCCAGAAACCUUUGCCAAAGGCCACUGUGGAUUCUAUAAUGAGGGAUAAGAUGCCCAAAAAAGGUGGAAGAUGGUGGUUUUCAUGGCGAGGGCGGAAUAGCUCUAUCAAGGAGGAAACAAAGCCAGUUCCAGGUCUGAGUGGAGAAGAAGCUGCGGACAUUGCAGACAGAAUCAAGGAUGAAUCCUCCUCAAGCGACGAAGAACUCAGAGCUGCAAAACAAUCCACUGGAUCAUUAUCAUCAAGUUCUGGUCACCUCUCACUGCUGCCUGGAGUAGGUUACAAAAAGACUCUUCGACUCACUUCGGAACAGCUUAAAAGUCUAAAUCUUAAGAAUGGUCCAAAUGACGUGAUCUUUAGUGUCACAACACAAUAUCAAGGAACCUGUCGCUGUGAAGGCACCAUCUACUUGUGGAACUGGGAUGACAAAGUCAUUAUUUCUGACAUUGACGGCACAAUCACUAGGUCAGAUACUUUGGGUCAUAUUUUGCCCACACUUGGCAAAGACUGGACACAUCAAGGCAUUGCCAAAUUGUACCAUAAAGUCAGCCAAAAUGGGUACAAGUUCUUGUACUGCUCAGCGCGUGCCAUAGGGAUGGCGGAUAUGACCCGAGGAUAUUUGCACUGGGUCAAUGAGCGGGGAACGGUUCUACCUCAAGGCCCAGUGCUACUGAGUCCCAGCAGCUUGUUCUCAGCUUUUCAUAGAGAAGUGAUUGAGAAGAAGCCAGAGAAGUUUAAAGUUCAGUGUCUAACUGACAUCAAAAACUUGUUUCAUCCCAACUCAGAACCUUUUUAUGCUGCUUUUGGCAACAGGCCAGCUGAUGUGUAUUCAUACAAGCAAGUGGGCGUAUCACUCAACAGAAUAUUCACUGUGAAUCCUAAAGGAGAGUUAAUUCAAGAGCAUGCAAAGACCAACAUUUCAUCAUAUGUGAGACUGUGUGAAGUGGUAGAUCAUGUAUUUCCUUUGCUGAAAAGAAGCCAUUCUUCUGACUUCCCGUGUUCGGAUACAUACAGUCAGUUCACAUACUGGAGAGAACCGUUGCCGCCUUUUGAAAAUCAGGAUAUUCAUUCGAAUGCACCAUAACUGCUUCUGACUUUUCCUGUCAAAAGUUUAAGGAUCAUCCGUCUUAUGCUUAAAUGAUACCGCUGGAUUUUGCCACUUAACCGUUCACCUGGAGUUUGGGAUGUAGUGAACAUUUGUUAAAUGUCAGUUCAGAAAUUUCUUUUUGUCCUUGAAAGUAACAUUUCUGAAAGUUGCACUCCCAGCUCUUCUCCAGCUCCGUGCUCAAGAUAUACCAUAUAGUCUUAUUGUGGAAGGACAUCUCUGAGUGCCAUGGUACUGAGCUUCUCAAAGCAAAUCCUUUGUGGUCUUCAGUGUUUCAUUGCCAACUGUCACGCCAGUCCUCACCCAGGGCCUUCAGGCUGUUACUAUUCGGGGUAGAGAAGGGUGAAAUCACUAGCCUCUGAGCUGAAUUACAUUUCCGUGCGCCCUCCAAAACCAAGAUAAAUUCUAGAUCAACCGAAAUGAUCAAAUCUGUUGAACUCAAGUCUGUUGAUCUGUUAUCUUCAGAUGCCUGACAUUUUACAUCAUACAACUAGUCAUUUAGAAGCCAUACUAGUUUGUAUUGGAUGGGUCUGAGGCACAUUCUUUAGCACCCCUCAAAUCUGUACAUUGGUGUGGAACUGCCAAACUGCUUUUUAGACUCAUGGGGUCCUUAAAAAGCUAUUGAUGUUUCAGCACUGGAAAGCAUGGUUGAGAAAACUCCUGGACAAAAAAUGCACAUGUAUCUGAUACAUAGGUGCCGUUGGUUCAUCUGAAUCAUGGCCAUAAUUUGCAAAAAAGGAUGAAGGAUUGUGUCUGAUAUGCAGUCCUCAGCAGUUACACCCUUCUAAGUCCAUUGAGGUCAACGGGCUUAAUGGGUGUAACUGCUCAGGGUUGCUGUGUGGGUCUGUUUCUUUUAUUUCUUGUUUAUUUGUAACUUAAUCAGAGCCUCUGAAAUGAUCAGGCCCACUGGUUGCCUUGUUUUUUAAUAACUUUAAAUCCAUGUUGUGAUUUUUUUUUUACUUGAAUACAGCAUAUGCUUCGAGUCCGUCGAGAAUGGCAUAGGUACUUUUAAAUCUAGCUCUGUUUAAUAUACAAGGAAAAGGCUCUUCCUGGUUGUUGCUUUUGUGUAUUUGCUAAGAAGAAUGGUGGCCUUGCAGUUUGAUGUCCUAUGCUCAUCUGACAAGGGUACUGAUCUGUGUCGAAGGGCAAAAAACCAAAAAGAUAAUUCAGGAAGAAGCUUUGAUUUGCUAGAUGAACUUUGAGGGAGCUGCAUCUCUGGGCCAGUGAACUUUGUUUUCUCUGUAGCUUAUAAUAUGAACUCUUCUGCUGGUUUUGGAUGUUAUUUGAGCUCCUUGUUCUGCAGUUAUUCCAGCUUUAUAUGAAUAUGGUUUUGUCGUCUUAUCAUAUUUGACUGCAUUAAGAUAUAACAGUAUGCGUUAAUGAGCAUACUCAAAUUCCUCUUUUUCAUUCAGAGAAGCUACUUGUAUAAGCUUGUACUUUUACAAGCUUGACCAUCCAAACAAAUAACCUUGAAAAGUGUCUGAGUUUUUAGGCAGCUGCUUUGAAAUAUUUACUGGGAGCAGGGCUUUUUUUCAGGGGGAACGCGGGGGAAUGGAGUUCCGGAACCUCUUGAAA